AUGUCCGGGAGUCCGACCAGUGUCGACAAGCUCAAAGUCUUGUCAAGCAUCCACAAAGACUGGUGCCGCUUCAGGACCUCAUAUUCCGGCCUCAGCUUGACAAAGGAAGAAGAUAUACUCGUUGCUCUGAAUGGCAUUGCGAAGGCCGUUGCUGAAGUCACAAACGACACCCUAGUUGCUGGUUUAUGGCGAGGCCGGCUGAUCGAAGAGCUAUGCUGGAAACGGCAUACCAAUGAAAGGGUGCAUUCGAUUGAUGAACCUCCAAAGCCUUCUAAAUGGCGCGCACCUACAUGGAGUUGGGCAAGCAUCAAUCGCGUAAUUGGAGGCCGUACAAUGUGGUGGGAGUAUGACUCUUGGUUGGAUUUUAUCCAUGAGAUGGCGGCAAUAGAAGACCUCACCGUGGAUCAGAAGCCUUCUGGGCAACUUGUCAACGCCUCCUUAACAUUGACAUGUCGCCUGAUUCCGACAUCUCCACCGGAUUCGGGUAUCUGGGCAUGGACGCCAUACAAAGUUACCGUGACUCUCGAUGACUGUACCAUCACGAACGCAAAGGACCUGGGCAACGAGAUCAGUCUAGUGGUUCUUCGUCACUUCGCAUACGGGAAAGAAGGCAGUCUACAAGGCAUAUUAGUUCUGCCAAGUCGAGUCAAGACUGGCAGCUAUGAACGACUAGGCUACUUCGAAUUUUUCUCAUAUGUCGAGCCGCUUGAGGAGGAAAAACGGAUAGUGCAAAGCGUACUUGAUGGAUACAAUAUUGCACAAGAAACUACGAUCGAGCUGAUAUAA